AUGUGGUGGCUGGGAAGGACAGGACCUUCUGGAUUUUCAGCUUCUUCUACUGCUCAGGAAGUUACUCAGGGAAUCGAUGCCACUGGCCUCACUGCCAUUGUUACAGGGGCAACUAGUGGUAUUGGUGUUGAAACUGCACGGGUGCUUGCAUUACGCGGUGUCCAUGUUGUCAUGGGGAUCAGAAAUAUGGCAGCUGGUAGGGAGAUCAAGGAAAAUAUGCUAAGAGAUAACUCAACUGCAAAAGUUGACAUGAUGGAGCUGAACCUUAGCUCACUGGAAUCAGUUAGGAAAUUUGCAUCUCAAUUCAAGUCUUGCGGUCUUCCUCUUAAUAUACUCGUUAAUAAUGCAGGAAUCAUGGCAACACCAUUCAAGCUUUCCAAAGACAAUAUAGAAUUACAAUUUGCAACAAACCAUAUAGGUCAUUUCCUUUUGACAAACUUAUUGCUUGAAACAAUGAAACAGACUGCUAUCGAACAAAGGAAGGAGGGAAGGAUCGUGAAUGUCUCAUCAAGACGUCAUAAAUUAUCAUAUCCUGAAGGGAUUAGAUUUGAUAAAAUUAAUGAUGAAUCAGGGUAUAACAGUUUGUCUGCCUAUGGGCAGUCAAAGCUUGCUAAUGUUUUGCACGCCAAUGAGCUUGCCAGACGGCUAAAGACGGAGGGCAUAAAGAUAACUGCAAACUCAAUUAGCCCAGGACCAAUUGCAACCAAUCUAUUUCGUUAUCACAGUUUAAUGGAUGUGUUUGUUGGUCUACUUGGUAAAUAUGUGAUGAAAAAUAUUCAGCAGGGAGCAGCAACCACAUGUUACGUUGCAUUGCAUCCACAGGUGAAAGGGUUGACUGGUCAUUACUUUGCGGAUAGUAACUUGGCUGAAGCAAGUUCACAAGCAGUUGAUCCAGAGCUGGCAAAGAAACUGUGGGAAUAUAGCUCAAAUUUGGUCAAAUCUUGA